AUGUCGCCGGAAUUUCAAAAAUGGGAAGCAAAGGAACCUUACCUCAACCUCCAGGGCACGCUGCUUGAAGGUCCCUUUUACGACCCAGGGUGCAAGGAGCUACGCGUGACUGCCAAUAUUGCUGGUUCAUCAGAUAAUCAAAUUGCAGUGGGGGCCAAACACGGGUAUGCCAUCUUGGCCAGAGAUGCUGGCAAGUCUGGAACCGAGCUGACGGUCCGGAGAGAGAAGAAAGGAACGCUUACCUCGUUUCCGGCAAGAAUGCGCGCCAAUGAUGGUGCUGUAGAUAGCAAAGGGCGGUUCUGGCUCGGCAUGAUCAACGACCCCAAAGUGGCAGAGACAAAAGACGAAGCUGUGUUGUUUCGGCUGGAUCCUGAUCUCUCACUACAUCGCAUGGUUGAACACAUGACAAUGCCCAAUGGGAUGGGCUGGAAUGCAGACGAAACGCAGAUGUAUCUGACGGAUUCUCCGUCUAAAAACAUCUAUGUUUAUGAUUUCGAUGUGGAAAAGGGUCAACUUUCCAACCGGCGCGUAUUUUUCACCGCUAGCGGGGAUGCUGUCCCGGACGGAUUCGCCAUCGAUGAGGAGGGAUGCUUGUGGAGUGCGCAAUAUGGUUCUAACAAAGUGAUUCGAAUUUCGCCAGAGGGAAAGGCCAUAGGCGAAGUUUCCCUGCCGGCAAAGUGUGUCACCUGCCCUGAAUUUGUGGGGACAGCUCUUUUCAUCACCACUGCAAAAGAUAGCAAAGCGGAAUCAGAUGAGUUUGGAGGAAGGUUGUAUAAAGUUGAUGUUGGGAUCAGGGGCAAACCCAAGCACAAUUUCAUCCUUGAAGGAGAGCUGCAAAAAGCUCCCCUGUCAGAACGGCAAGGAUUGUAA